AUGAGCCCAGGCACAACAUCAGAGAAGCGACGGAGGCUCAACUUUGCCUGUACUUUCUGCCGCUCCCGCAAGACACGCUGCGAUGAGGGUAAGCCGUCGUGCCGUGCCUGUACUCAGGCCGGCAUUCCGUGCAUCACCAUCAACAAUCGGCAUCCGGACAGAGAUGUAACACGAGGGCAGGCCGGAAAGUCCGGGAUCCGACCCAACGCUAAACCAUCGAUGGCUGUACCAGAGCAGGGCAAGGCACGCAAGACCUUGCGCCAGCAUGCACAGCAGGCAGAUCAAAGCCUCGGCGCCUUUCGAGGACGUUUGCCACUCGUGCGCGCUGCAAGAGGCUCCACUUCUGUCGAAAUCCACACCGAGUGGCUGCGUGUCGGACUCGGUCGACUCGGUCGCAGCAGCCGCCUCACAUACGCCACGGUAGCCGCAAGUCCCGAUCCCUUUCUGCCCAGCGUCUCGACCAUGCCGUCACUUCCGAGCGACUGGCAGAUGAUGCUGAACCAUUUCAUCAUCGGGAACAACACCCUUUUCCCCCUUCUCGAUGCCGAGGCACUUUGUAGCGAUGCCGAAGAAGUGCUGAGUCUAUCACCUGGCAACUUCUGCGCUCGGCGAGGCGGGCUGACCCUCAUGCAGAUCUACCUGGCUGUUGCUGUCGGCGCCGAAGGCAAGUCGAUAUCUGCGCAGCCUCUGAUCACGUAUGCCAAGUCGAUGCUCGGGCAUGUCGCUGGUCUGCAAAGCCCCUCUGCCGUCAAGGCGGUUGCGCUGCUUUCGGUUGCUCUGAAGCAGACGGAUGAGGUGAUGAGCGCCUGGCACGUCCUCGGCAUGGCAGUUCGCGCAGCACUUUCGAUUGAAAUCGAUGCGAGGACCUGGAAUACGCUGUACACGCUCGACAAGCUCAUGGCGUUUGAGCUGGGAAGGCCCUCCAAUAUCGACGAGCGUCACGACGAACGGCUCGGCGAGAUCUGCCACGAUCACCCUUCUGGCGUCAUCACGAAUCUUGCACGCCUUCUGUCUGACGUCGGGCGACGAUGCUUAGCGGUGAGCCAGCUCGAGGAGAAAGAGAGCGACGUCGAUACUGUGGCCGAUGUCAUCCUCAACAAGGUUCGCACCACAGGCGAGUCGUGCCAAUCCCUGCUGCGUUGGGCAGACCAGGUGCCGUUCGGGCUGCGACCAACCAACGAUCUCCUUUCUGACAGCGGACAAGAGUGGCCGUGUCGAUACAUCUCGGCACACUACUACUCGGCUUUGCUCCUGCUGACCCGCAACAGCCUCUUGAUCAACGCCGAAGCCCGUGAGAUCGCGGUCGAGCUUGUGGCAAGCGAUGCAGCCUGGAAGGGCAUCAUCCGUAACGGCGCCACCAUAGCGGCCAACGCGGCCCGCCGCAUGCUGCGUUUGGAGCUCGAAGACGUCGGUGCCCAUCUGAGUGCCAUUCUCGUUUUGGCCCUCUUCAUUGCGACACAGCCAUCAUCUCGUCUUGCGGCGUCCGACAUCAAGCUGAUUGAAAGCGCGAGCCAGGCCCUUGUCGCCUCGAAUCCCAUCGACUCUCAGCUCGCAUGCACGUUAGCCGCCGUCAAUUCCCUGGUCGAUCCAGACCACGCCAUGAGUCCUGCGCCAGCCGCACAGCCGUACAGCGAUCCUCUGCUCGCCUCAAACUGGAGCGAGCUUGGCUGGGAUUGGGACAUGAGCAUUUUCGACCCUCUCUUUACGCAAGAAUCGCAAUAA